AUGUCUCCCCCCGGAGGCUGCAGGAACGAGUCUUCAUCAGACGAGGAUGCGCAACCACCGCGGUCCAAGGAUCCCGUGGCGCAGGUGUCCUUCCUGCCCUUCAGCGUCGAGGCGCUCAUGUCGGACACAAAGCCGCUGAAUGUGACGGACAGAAAGGAUGGAGAUCAGUGUUGGACCGAUGAACAUGCGCACAGGCCGGGUGACCUGUCCAGGCAAUUAGUAUCUAUUAAACCAGAGCCAUCGGAACGAGGGCGCUGUGCGUCCUGGAGAUCCAGCCCCAUUAAGAUGUCAGCACCACCCAGGCAGCUCAGUCCAGCAGUCUGCUCCUUGAGGAAGCACAAAACCAACCGCAAGCCUCGCACUCCCUUCAGCACCACGCAGCUCCUGGCCCUGGAGAGAAAGUUUCAUCAGAAGCAGUACCUGUCCAUCGCCGAGCGGGCCGAGUUCUCCACCUCCCUGUCGCUGUCUGAGACCCAGGUCAAGAUCUGGUUCCAAAACCGACGAGCCAAAGCCAAGAGGCUUCAGGAGGCUGAGGUGGAGAAACUCAAAAUAGCGGCUGGCAUUGGGCCCAAAGCCGUAUUCCACCCAGGCUUCCCGUCUUUAGGUUUCCCCCUCAGUGUUAACCUGCAUGCCGGAUCAGCAGCACUGUACGGACUGGGCUGCUCAUACGGCCGCAGCCCCAUCCUCCCUGCUGCACAUCUGGCCAUGUGUGCCUCACAGGUCGGCCACAGCCUCUUCCACCUCUCCUGA